AUGCCUUCGGACCGAAAACCCAAAGUUAGAGCCAAAGACGUACUUGAGGAGUGGUACUAUGACCUAGAUCCGUUGGCCAAUGAUUGUGCAAAGAUAGCAGAAUCACAGUACCGCGCAGGGUAUGAGAUUCGCCGGGGUCUUAUUAGCACUAUCAAGUCCGAUUCUCAAUUCAGAUCAUGCCUAGAGCGAAACAAAUCGUCGCGUCUUUUGAUCGACAUUAGACCCGAAAACCCUGCAGGUAGUCUUGAACUGCCUAUCGUCGCCUUGGAUACAUACCGAGAAUUGGAAUCAUUAGAAGGCAGCCAUGGUACCGGUCGUGUUAUACAGUUGGUGUUUUUCGCCAGUCAGCACAAGGAUGUGACGAGAGAUCGACAUAUGGACCCAAGUGAUCUGGCGUUGAGUCUUUUGUCGCAACUCGUUUACCACUACCGACACUUCGAUGCAGACGAUCUACGACGUGCAAAAAAACGUAUCGACCCAAGGGAUAUUAGCUCGAUCUUGUUGGAAUUCGAGCGUCUUCUUAUUCGGUUGCCACGAAACACGACCGUCAUAAUUAUCAUUGACGACUUGGAUGCUUUCGCACAUCCUUCCUCACGAGAGAGACGUAUGAUGCACACUAUAGGGAGACUGUUGGAAAUUCACGGUGAUCGCCAGUACGAAGCGAAACUAAAGUUCAUCUUUGGAAAUUCGUCUCGCAACAUCUUCAGUUAUGACCUAUUCAAAGAGAGGGACACGCUGAGGAUUAGAUCAUCAUCACGUCGAUGA